UAAGUGCCGGUGAGUCGCCCGUGCGCUCCCCCAGGCACGGUCGCUGCACCUGUCCCGGGGCUUGCGGGGCCGUCACCCUAGGCCCUGCCCCACUCUCAGCCCCUGCCGACGUAGGGUGCCAUCCUUGGCAGGAACAGCACAAUGGAAGUUCUGCGUCCAACACUUAUAAGGAUUGGAGGGCGCAUUUAUAGGAAAAAUAAUAUUCGACAGCAGACCUAUCCAAAUGAAGAAGAGGAUGAUUUCUGUGCAGGCCCUGGGGAUCCUACAGAUGAGCCUUGUGAUGCCUUCAUGGUGGAAGAGACUGAGAGAGGUUUCCAGUGUACAGUGGAGGUUCCCAGCCUGCUAUACAAAUAUAUCAUUGGAAAAAAAGGAGAAACCAGGAAGAGACUGGAAACAGAGACUCGAACUUCUAUCAGCAUUCCCAAGCCUGGAAUGGAAGGACAAAUUGUGAUUACUGGACAACAGCGUAGUGGUGUCAUUUCAGCCCGAACACGGAUUGAUGUUCUUGCUGAGAGUUUCCGCAAGAAGCAGCCAUUCACACACUUCCUGUCCUUUGCUCUCAACCAGCCUGCGAUUCAGGAAAAAUUUCUACAGUUCAAGGAGGAAGUAUUGGAGAAAUGCUCCAAGGAUCAUGGAGUCAAUAGCAGUCUGUUCCAGAACCCAGCAAAGCUCCAUCUUACUAUUGGGACACUAGUGCUCCUGAAUGAGCAGGAAACCCGGAAGGCAUGUGAACUGCUGCAGAGAAGUAAAGAGGACUUUAUUGACAAAACUGUUGGAGGCAAAUCCCUGACUGUGGAGGUGGCAGGGUUAGAAUACAUGAAUGAUGAUCCUGCCAUGAUCGACGUUCUUUAUGCAAAAGUUCACAUGAAGGAUGGAUCAGACAAAUUACAGCUAAUAGCUGAUAGACUCAUGGAGCAGUUUGUGACCUCUGGGCUGAUGAUGAAGGAGUGGGAUAGGGUGAAACUCCAUGCUACUAUCAUGAAUACUCUCUUCAGGAAAGACACAAAUGUUGAACAGCAAAAUAAUGCAACUACAGGCAAAUCAUCUUUCAAGGAACGGGAGACGUUUGAUGGCCGAAAUAUACUGAAGACAGACUUGCUAGGAACAGCAGGGGGACAACACAGAGCUAAGAAGAAGUUGCAGAUCUGUUUGGGUGUCCCAAGUGGAAAAAGAAACCAUUCAUCCUUUUUUGUAGACCUCUGCCCUGGAGUGGACUUUGAAAAAGCUGUGGGUGGAUUAAAAAUUAAUGAAUGGAUUGCUUUAUGCUGUUAGUUCAGAUUUUAGAGGGAUUGUAUUCGUUUUAAGAAAUGCCACUGGAUCUUCUCUGCAAUUUAGUGAGCUGGCUAAUGUAUUGGUGUUGUUUAAAGGGAAAUGCGUCCCUAACCUCCUGCUACUUUUCAGAGAUAGGAGAGUUUUUUAAUUUCAUCUAAGUUUAGAUUUUUCUAGUUUUAAACGCUACCCCUAUCACUGAGCUCCUGUACCUCUCUAACCUGGCACUGCUUGAGGUGUCCCCAGAGAGGGGGGAAGGUCUGGUGGAUAUACAGUUCUGAACAGAAUUUCUGUUCUCCCAGCUUCUCUGAAAAUUAAUAUGGGACCGAACCUUCUGCACUGACCAGCCAGAAGCUUUGGUGAAAUCUGGGAUUGGUAAACAUCUUGCCCUGCCCUUCCCCCCCACCCCAUCCCAAACACGCACACACAACCCUCGCAUGCUCUUGAGGAUGGUGAACUUCCACACAAGAUCAGGGCUGGUGCAACCAUUUAGGCAGACUAGGCGGUUGCCUAGGGCGCCAAGAUAUGGGGGGGGGCCAAAAAGCGGUGCCCCCCAAUUUUUUUUUAAUUGGUUGAGCAGGCACUGCUGCUGGGACAGAGAGGGAGUCUGAGCUG